CGGAAAGUGACGGAAAAAGCCCUCAACCUCUCACUGAAGUAUCAUUUUGUCACCCCAUUGACCUCCCUGGUGGUGACCAGACCAGAGGAAGAAGCAAACAAGCAGCUGGUGGCCAAUAAACCAAAGGAAGACUAUGACAUUCCUGGUUCUCACGCUGCUGUGAGCAACACUCAGAUCGCAGAUUCCCAUUACUACGUGGAUUAUGACGCCUUCCAAGAAGAAGAAGACUAUGUACACCACAGCGUGCAAAUUCCAGUUAUGCUGGCUCUUGUCCCACCGAUGCUACUCCCUGCUCCCACGAAAGGUACGCUCACAUGUUCCAUACAGUCCUGGCAUGGACAGUUGUAUACACGCAAUGCUUUUUGUUUGCUUGGUCUGCCUCACACUUUUCAUGCCAUUAGACUUGUUAAUGCAAACAGCAAAGACGACGUGCAGACUACAAUAAUGUUA